AUGAAUAUCAGUGGCACACUAAAUACGCUUCGGCUGCUUUACAACCCAUCGCUGUGUAAGCCUAGUCUAGUCGUCCCCACUUUCAAUGAACUCCCAAUACCAAUUCACGAUUCUAUAAAGGCUGUGGUGGUGGACAAAGACAACUGCAUCUCCUUUCCUCACGAUAACAUCAUAUGGCCGGAUUACUCUCAACACUGGGAGUCUCUUAAAUUGAAAUAUCCGAAUAAAUCGCUCUUAAUUGUUAGCAAUACGGCGGGUUCCAGUUCUGAUGAAGACUAUUUGCAGGCCAAACUUUUGGAAGACAAGACCGGUGUACCCGUAUUAAGACAUUCUACAAAGAAACCAGGUUGCCACAACGAAAUUUUGGAUUAUUUUUACGAGAACAAGAUUAUAACAAACCCAAAGGAGGUUGCCGUUAUUGGAGAUAGGCUUUUCACGGACAUUCUGAUGGCAAAUAUGAUGGGCUCAUAUGGAGUAUGGAUCAGAGACGGCGUUAAAAUAUCUUCUAAUCCUUUAUCCAAAUUCGAAAAGAAAUUGUAUGAUUUUCUUGGAUUUUGA